AUGUAUAGUAUGAUGGCCGAAAUCUGGACGAAUGCAGGUUUCGAAAACGCAGGCCUAGUUCUCCGGUACUCACACAAGGGGGAUGACAACAUCGAGUUUGGAGAAGACGCGGGAAUGACUAUUGGCGCAGGAUUUGCCAGUAUCAUGGGUGCUUUCUUCUUGACACCCAUGGCAGGUGUCGCCGCAGGCGCGAUGACCAUUGGAGCCGGCGCCGUGGCCGCACUGGGUGGACCAACUCCAGCCGACCUGAAGUUUAACACAUAUGCAGAUCUUGGAAGGAAGUCAGCGGCGAUGCACGAUGCUAUGACCAAGAGCUUGGACACCUUUUAUAACAGUCUAUUUUUCAAGAAGCCCCCCACAGAUCCCAAUUGGGUAACCAGCCCUAAUGCCCUCCCGCGCAUCCUCAACACGGGGAACUUUGCCUCCCAUAAAAGUGUUGUCGCGCCGACGGAUGAGGAGACGAGGAAGUAUUCCAUGGUUCCGGAGAAGGAUGGGCUUGUUAAGUAUGUUGUCGCCCCACUGAUCAACAUGCUGUGGGAAAAGGACCUGUACUUUAUUGUCAAGAUAGACAACAACUCAAUCCGAAGCUCUGACGGGCGGAAGUACCACCCCUGCGACAAGAACGGAGACAUGAGCGAGAACACAGACACCACCGAUAGGAAAUGGUGCAAUCCAGAUGGCACGGCGUUUUUCUUUUAUCGUCUAGGGUCCAAUGACCAUGUCCCCAAGGGUAUGGACAAAUUGCCAGAUGACUACGGCUUCAACGGAUACGAUGUUGCACGCUCCUCCUACCUUGUUCAACGAACGACAAAUGAGUGGCAGUCCAAGGUCAACACGGACUCAUACUUCAGCUGGGUUCCCCAAACAUCUGGUACUGACAUCCCUGCAUGGCAAAUGAUGCGGUGGAACCUGCCGGUGUGUGAUCUUGCGGAGUAUGGCGUUGAAGAAGACUGUGGCUCUGGGCUUUUGUGGGAUGUGGCUAUGCUUUCACACAUAACUCCCAUCGGCCAAGGGUAA